GACGAGUGGGUGAUCUCAAGGGUUUUCCAAAAAACCGGCGGAGUUAAAAAGCAACGCGGCGGCUUCGCCACGGCUACCGCCAUCUCCUCCGGCAUCUUUACCGCCGGCUCCGUGUGCAAAGACAUGCCCACUUUACCCCUCACCGGCGAACAAGAGAACUCCUUCACAAGCAUGGAAAGGCAUUACGUGCCCUGCUUCUCCACAGUGGCCACUUCUAACUAUCCCGGCCCCGGGGCUAUUGCCUGCGGUGGGCAGGCGUUUCCUAGCGUAAGAUCGUUUCAGGAGAAUCCACGGAAUCCGUUCUUUCUGUCUUCAGCGGCUGCGCCUGCGCCUCCGGUGACAGAGUGUGAGAUUGGCGGGUGGCCGUUUGAUCUUUAUCGGAAG